UUCCAAAUCGCCAGAAACUGUCGUGGGAGACGGACGUGCUCAGUCGUGCUCCAGAAAGCAACUAGACAUUCUGCUGUAGCUGUAAAUGCCAAAUUAAUAUGUUUUAAAUUGAUUAAUUCACAAUUAAUAGAAUUUAACUCGUGUGCGCGCUUCGUUGAGGAAUAACGGUUCUUCUCGCAGCCAACUUAACUCGCCGUGUGUUUACUUUACUUUGCCCAAGUGCGAGAGUGUGUGGAUGUGCGCGAAACGGAAAUAAGAAAUAAACAAGAGCGACAACAACAGCAACAAGAAGUGUAAGCAAAAGUGAAAAGGAAGACGAAAGAGGAAAUGCUAAAGUACAGCAGCAGUAGCAGCGACAACAACAACAAAUACACGAACAAAACGCCAGAGUGCAAGUGCAUCGCGUGAGUGUCUUACAGUGUGCGUGUGCGUUUGUGUGUUUUAGCUUGAGCGUGUGCGUGUGUGUUGGUGAGGCGGCGGAAGUAGAAACGUUUGACUUGUUCUUCUGCUCUUCGCCUUCUUUAUUUGCUCCGCUUUGCGGCUGGCAUUCGUCGCAGAACGAAGCGAAAAUAAAAACAAAAACAGAGAGCCAGGAUUAGCCCCAAAAGCACACAACCACCGCCCACUGAUUACCCCCCACGAGAAGGAAACACAAACAACAAUGGCAACUUGGCGCGACGCCCUCUUCGUCAUCGGCAGAUAACAACAAGAAAAACAUCGCAUUAACAAAAACAAAUACAACAACAAAAAAGCAGAGCGAAGCAAAAAGCUAAAGCAUUCUGGGAUCUGGACAUAUCCGCUUCCGCGUUGCUUCUGUCGCAAAAACAGCUCAAGAAUCGAAUCCGAAGCCCAACGCAAACAGACAAAAUCACUCGCUCACCUUACAGUUCGUCACCACCGUGCACAGUGGAGCAAACAGAUAACACCAUUUGAAGGCAACUCGAGUGGCUCCCACUGACCCACUGAUACGGAUCCGCUGACCAGGACACUUCCUUACACACUGUGGCUGCAUGUCCAAAAUGAAAAUGCUCCCAGUACAGCUAUCAUUGAACUCGCUGAAUCCCGGCAUCUGGAGCGAUGUGCUCUGGCGCUGCCCCCCGGCGCCGUCCAGCCAGCUGGCGGAGCUGAAAACACAACUGCCCCCAUCCCUGCCCUCAGAUCCGCGCCUCUGGAGCCGCGAGGAUGUGCUCGUCUUCCUGCGCUUCUGUGUCCGCGAAUUCGAUCUCCCCAAGCUUGACUUUGAUCUCUUCCAAAUGAACGGCAAGGCUUUGUGCCUGCUGACACGAGCGGACUUUGGCCACCGGUGUCCGGGGGCAGGUGAUGUGCUCCACAAUGUGCUGCAGAUGUUGAUCAUAGAGUCCCACAUGAUGCAGUGGCAUCUGCCCAACAGUCCAGUGACGCCCACCAGUCGUUAUCCCCUGUCGCCGCACAGUCAUCCGCCGACGCCCACGUGGCCGCCACUGAAUGCUCCGCCGGAGAACAGUCCCUUCCACAGUUCGGCUCACGGUCUGGCGGGUCAUCAUUUUAUGGCACCGAACUCUGUUACGCUGAGUCCCCCGCCCUCGGUGGAUUCCCAGGCGAGUAGUCCACCGCAGGCACCUUAUCAAAACGGUGGCGCCAAUGGAGGAGCAGCAGGUGGAGCAGGAGUUGGGUCAGCAAAUGCUGCAGGUGGAGCAACCAGCACCAGCAAUCCCACAUCGUCGAGUGCCAGCAGUACCGGCAGCAAUGGUUCCCAGCCGAACAUUAUGCCCAUGAAGGGCAUCAGCAGUGCCAGCAGCAAUCACUCCGACUCCGAGGAGGAGUACUCGGAGACCAGUGGUGGAUUGGGCAAGAUGGCACCGGCACCGCCGUCCUACAGCACGGCCAGUCCGCCGGGAACACCCAUACUGAAGGACAUCAAGCCGAAUUGGACGCAGCAGCUCACGAACAGUUUUGUGAACUCGUGGUCGCAGCAGCAACAACAGCAACAGGCUGCCGCAGUGGCCGCAGCAGCAGCGCAGGCACAGCAGCAACAGUUGCAGCAACAGCAGCAGCAGCAACAACAGUUGCCCCAGAAGCUGACCCUGGAUAAUACUGCUGGCCCAGUGGUGGCCCCGGCUGGAGGAUCCAUCUCCGCACCGACCACGCCCAGUUACAUGUACAAAGCCAAAAGGGAGUUCUUUCCCGAGAACUCGGAGCCCAAUACAAAUGGUCGCCUGUUGUGGGACUUUUUGCAACAGCUGCUGAACGAUCGCAACCAGAAGUACAGCGAUCUGAUAGCCUGGAAGUGCCGCGACACGGGAGUCUUUAAGAUCGUCGAUCCCGCCGGCUUGGCCAAGUUGUGGGGCAUCCAGAAGAACCAUCUGUCCAUGAACUACGACAAGAUGUCGCGUGCCCUGCGCUACUACUACAGGGUGAACAUAUUGCGCAAAGUGCAGGGCGAGCGACAUUGCUAUCAGUUUCUGCGCAACCCAACGGAACUGAAGAACAUCAAGAAUAUUUCGCUGCUGCGGCAAACGACGCCGGCGAACGGCAAUGGCGGUGGCGGUUCAUCCAUGCCUCAAGGCAACAAUCAGGCGCCCGGAAGUCCUGCUGGCCCCAAUUGGAAUCCCCAGCAACAGUCCCAGCAGCAGCAGCAACAACAGCAAUCGCCCCAGCGUCCCGCCUCACGGAAUGGUCCCAUGAGUCUGCCCGCCGUGGCAGCGGUGGCAGCAGCAGCUGCUGCAGCUUAUGGUCCGCCGCCCACAUCGCCGCUCUUCAUGCACGCGAUGAACGGAGCCUUCCACUACCUUUCGGCGGCGGCAGCUGGUCCGCCACCCAAUUCCCCUGCCCUGAACACCCCAUCCGCCGUUGGAGGACCCGACAAGUUCCAGUUCCAUCCCCUGAAGCUGGAGAAUGGUUCGGGAUCGGGUUCGGAAAGCGCUGGCGAGGAUCUGAAGCCCACGGAUCUGAGUGUGAGCAGCAAGAGCAACGCCACCAGCAACGAGGACUGCUAUCCACUCAUUCGCAACGCUGACGGCCUGACGACCAUCAAGCUGAUACGCUACAACGAUCACCCUUCGCCAGCGGAGCAAUCUCCGAAGCCGGAUGACCAGCAGCCAACCGCCUCCAAUGCCAGCAGCAGCUCGCCCCGGCCGAUGGAUCAGGCCAGUGAACAGGCCCAGCCAGUGCCCAUGGAAAGUGAUUGCAAUGGCGGCGAGUCGGAAGACUCCUUCCGGCAUAUGCGGCAGUAGGCGGAGCAGUAUCCUGUGACAAUCAACCACACUACUUCCAUCUUCACCUCCCUCCUGGACACACACACACAGCAUUACCUGAGCAAAAAUGGGACCAGCACAACAAGCGCACAGACAUAUACACAGACACCCUGCUGGACAAAGAUCUGGAUGCCUUUCGGUUAGGAUGGGUUGCUUAGUACUCAGGGGAAACGAAAAUAUAAUCUUUGUAGAAUUUGAAGACAUUUCACAUGGGAGUUUCAUAUGAUAACUGGAAAAGAAAUACUUUAUAACAUAUAAAUUGUUACUCAAAUUCAAAAUCAAAGAUUACUUUCCGUUCCUUCAGUUCUUUGCCAAUGUACAACGACCCGUCCGACUUUCUGUAUAUAGAAAUCACAUCUGCAUAAACCAACACACAAUCAUACAUACAUAUAUUUUAUAGAUCAAGCGUAUUUAAUAAGCUAACCCUAAGCGAAAGCAGAGUGCAUGUAAUUUCUUUGUUGUAAGUAGAUUUCUUGAGCCGGCGCAGCGCAGCCUUCGAUUAUGUGCCAACUUCUACAUUUAUCAAACAAACAAAAAACAAAACAAAAAAAGCCUAACCAUAAUCAAUUAUCUGAGUAAUGACUAGCGAUUAAGGAGUAAGAAUUAGAAUUAGUAGCUUAGAGCGUAAGUGUUGCCACCUUUGAGCUUUACAAAUGUUGCCUCAACAAUGGUUUCAAAUUUAUGAAAACAAAAACCAACAAACAUUGUUAAAAUCGAAAGAAAGUGAAGGAAAUGAAAUAUGAAAUUUGAAUUGUUGGUGAAAUUGUUAAUUAAUAUACAAAUCAGCAUAGAAAGAGUUUUUUGUAUACAACAUGGCAAAUUGAUUUCUUGUGAUAACAACAGAAUUAUCUUUGAUUCACAUUGGCUGAAUGGUCCCGAAGAGAAAGAGCAGUUCCGAAAAACGAAACUGAAACAGUUUUGUGAUCCUUUAACCAAGGAUGGGGCUGCUCAGUCUAUUCAAGAUCAGCCUGAAAAGAGAGCUUUCAAAAUUCAAUUUAAAUUGAGCCCCUAGCCCUAGAUACACUGCAACAAGAAAACACACACAUUAUAAACAUUAUAUAAAAAAAACAUUGGCUUCCAUUUUAAUAUAGCAAUGAUGAUACACACAAGCAUAUAUGUAUACACAUUAGUUUUCUAUUAUUAUCAUUACUUUUAUUAUAUUAUUUGUACGCUAGUUUAAGCGGCUGCAAUUAAAUGGCAGCCCAGCAGCAGUUAGCAGCAAAUGAAGGUGUUCAUUUACGCAUUAACAACUUUAGUUUGUAAAACGCUUACGAUCUUACCGCCACACACCCCACCACCCACUCACCAGCUAAAAACAAUGAAACAAUAGAAAAUGUACAUUUGAAGCACUUUAUUAAUUAUAUUAAACCGAAUGAAGCGAGUUAGGGAGAGAAAUAUCAUCAAUGCACGUUCAUACAUUUAGCCUGUAGUGCAACUGUAAUUAUUAAUUAUUGUGUAGAUCUAUGGUAAACAUAAUUUUCUAUUUGUUUUUCGUACGCCUUAAGUUUAAACACCGCCAAUAGCUAAUAAUUAGCACUCUAGUGUCGCCACAAUACCUGUUCUUCCAUUGAAAACGUUAUCUUUCGAUCAAUACAUAAUUUAUAUAUGUAUAAAAAAAGGAAACAAAUUUAUAUGCAAUAAAUAAAUUGAAAAGUGAAAUCCGA